AUGGCUAAAGAUAUUUAUAUUAAACUUAUUAAUAUGAAUACAAUGAUAAUGGAUGAAGAUUCUGAUAAUAUAGAUAAAGAUUCUGAUAAUAUAGAUAAAUUGAAAAAUAUAGAUAAUGAAUCUAAUAAUUUAGAUUCAGAUACAAUUAAUAACAUUAUUAAUUCUAUAGAUAUAG